AUUUUUAAAAACAAAACAAAACAUAACCUUUAAGUUACAAACAGUUUUCACUGAAAUUGGGAUUUUUAAAUCCGAAAUGAAUAAGACUUAUUAAUAAGUGUGCUUUUUAUUUUUUGCACGAUAUAUCAGUAACAUCAAAAUGUUUCACUAUACAGAAGACCAGACACAAGAAAUCGAUUAUGCUGAAUCUUGGGAGAUAGCAAAAGAAAUUUUUCCCAUCUUAGAUGACACAGUACUCCUCACAGAUGUUGAUUACGUUUGUUCAAAACGAUACGAUUUAUCUAAAUUGGUGAGGUUUAGGAAGAACCCAGACCUUUCUUUAUUAAUUCAGCGAUUAGUUAUAAGUAAACUAGAGCAAAGAUUAAGGAAUGAGGUAGCUCCAGCAUUUUGGUUAUACUUCAAAGCUAGUGAACAUGAAACUAGAGGCUUCAAACAGUUCUACAACGCCGUAAAAUGUUUGCAUGACAACUACAUAGACCUAGAACAGAAUGUCAACAUUUUGGAAUGGUUCAGAAACGCCACAUUGGUCAGCGAGCCAGUUUAUGGCGAAGAAAAUGUACAUGAUGCUUACAAACAUAUAUUCAAAGCUACUUUGUUGUCGCAGUUACAGUUAGACUACCAGACAGUUGUUAUGAAUUUUUAUUCUGCUGCGUUGAAGAUGGAAGAUUUGGAUGAAGUUAAUGAUGGCCAAUGUAUAAUUUGUUCGCAGGACCGUUUAGAAUGUAAUUGUAUGGAUUUGUUUACAGAAACAAAUGGAAAACUUGGAGAAAUGACUCUUCUCGAGCCAUUAGUUGGCCAAACAUUAACAAGUCUCGUACAUGAAACCAUUCAUUCUUAUAUACACAAAGUGUGUAAAGAUAGUUUUGAUUCAUCAUUUGUGGACGUUCUAGAAAUGUGGCUGUAUAAAGUAAUAUUGAAAUGGCUGACAAAGAUAUAUUGUUACGAUCAAUCGGUACCUCUUAAACAAACUGUGGAGACUUUCGAAAAGAAAUUGAUUAAUUUUCUCUAUACUAUAUAUACAAAAAUGAGGAUAGAUCAACUAUUUAAUAUCAUUAUAGAAUACCCAGAAUCUCUACCGGCUUUAGAAGACCUACGAAUAUGUCUUCCUAGAACAGAUCUAAAGCCUAUGCUAACUAAGAAACUACAAAAAGCAAUGGAAACACGAUUACUACACCCUGGUGUAAGUACACCUGAUGUUCUAACAGCUUACGUUGCUGCCAUUAGGUCUUUAAGGGUGCUUGAUCCUACAGGACUAUUGCUCGAAACUGUCACGCAACCGGUUCAUGAAUACUUGAGGAGUAGAGAAGAUACAGUAAGGUGUGUAGUCACCAGUUUAACUGAGGAUGGUCCUAAUGAUCUAGCAGAGGAGUUGGUGAGAGGAGAGGCCGUUCAAGUUGAUGAAAAUACACCACUGGACGAAGAUAAUGAAGACUGGGAAACUUGGGUGCCAGAUCCCAUCGAUACAGUACCAAAUAGGACUGUUACUUCUAGAAGGACUUCAGACAUAAUAUCAAUGUUGGUUAACGUUUAUGGCAGCAAAGAACUGUUUGUCAAUGAAUACAGAACUUUAUUAGCUAAUCGACUUCUGACUCAAUGUACUUUUGAUACUGAAAAAGAGAUUCGUUAUCUGGAAUUGCUGAAGCUUCGGUUUGGUGACUCACAGCUACACUAUUGCGAGGUAAUGCUGAAGGACGUAGCCGACUCAAAAAGAAUAACGCAACACAUCAAACAAGAAAGCGAUUACGUAGAAGAAGAAAUACCUGUAUCGGCGAUGAUCGUUUCCGCUCAGUUUUGGCCCGCUUUCAAAGAGGAAAAGCUUGAUCUGCAUCCCAAGGUUCAGAAUCAAAUAGGCAAAUUCAUAUCUGCGUUUGAAACUCUAAAGGGCAGUAGAACGUUAUGCUGGAAGACCCAUUUGGGUUUCGUGGACAUAGAGGUCGAAUUGGCAGACAGGACUCUUAAUUUGUCAGUUUCUCCAGUGCAUGCUACAAUUCUGAUGUAUUUUCAAGAUAAAGGAAGUUGGGAGUUGGAAGAACUAAGCAAAGUGAUGCAAUGCCCUGCAACUGUUUUGCGACGAAAAAUUAGUUUUUGGCAAUGUCACGGGAUUAUCGCAGAAACGACUCAAGACGUCUUUUCUAUACAAGACGAACUGGACCAAAAACCAGCAAGCGUACAAGAAGAUCUGUUUGUAGAAGACUACGAGACUGAGUCAGCUAUGGCAAGCGCACAAGAUCAGAGAGAAGAAGAACUACAGACGUUCUGGUCUUACAUCGUGGGUAUGUUGAUGAACCUGGAUACUCUACCUAUAGAACGAAUCCAUCAGAUGUUGAAGAUGUUCGCUUUCCAAGGACCGACUAUAGAGUGUACCAUGCAAGAAUUGAGGGCUUUCUUGGAUCGAAAGUGUCGAGAGCAUCUUUUAAUUUAUUCUAAUGGUUAUUACAAAUUACCUAAAUAAACUUUCUUUGAUAAGACUAUGUUAAAAA